AUGUCAUCUCUCAUCGCAGCCUUUCUAGGCACUCUAUCACUGGCGUCAGCAGCAAUCAUACCGACGGGCAACAAGACAACCAUCAUCGAGAGAGGUGUUGUAAUUCUAGGUGGAGAUGCUUCCGGAGCUCAUGCAGCCGUAAGGCUCCGCGAAGACUACAAUAAGACAAUUGUCAUCGUAGAGCAACAGAACCGCAUAGGUGGCCAUGUCGCAACCUUCACGGAUCCCGAGACAGGAAACCCAUAUGACUUUGGUGUCAACUCAUACACAGACUACGGCGGAGCCCGUGACUUCUUCGCCCGCUUCAACGUUUCAGUACAAACUCCAGUCAGACAGGCAUUGACGACCACAUACGCCGACUUCAGCACGGGGAAGACCUCCAACUACUCUUUGCCGGCUUCUGCGGACGCUACAGCUGCUCUCAAGGCCUAUAUAGAGCAGUGUGAGAAGUACGAAUCAUACAUUAUCCCCUCCUACGCAAGCUUCCCAAACACAACUGUCGGGUUCUUGAAGAUCUGACUCUCAAAUUCUCCGACUUUGUCGAGAAGUACAAUCUGCAGGCUGCUGUCC